UCCGCUCUCUUCUGUGUGGUGUCACGUCCGCUGCCGGGGUGUUAAGGAAACGUGGCCUUUCAGGCUGUUGUGAGGGUGGGUAACAUGGCUGGAGUUGAGGUUCCCGUGAUGAACGACAGCGCUGUCAAUGUCACUCUCAACGACACCGAGGCGGCUGCCAACGCCACCGCCAAGUUCGUGGCAACCCCCGAGGGGACGGCCGUCGCCUACGGGAGCCUUGUGGUCAUGGCGCUGCUGCCAAUCUUCUUCGGGGCCCUGCGAUCGGUGAAUUGUGCUAAGGCCAAGAAUUCCAGUGAUAUGCCGGAGACCAUUACAAGUCGAGAUGCAGCCAGAUUUCCCAUCAUUGCCAGCUGCACACUGUUUGGCCUUUAUCUUUUUUUCAAAAUAUUUUCUCAAGAAUACAUCAAUUUGCUCCUUUCCAUGUACUUUUUCAUACUUGGUAUAUUGGCUUUGUCUCACACUUUAAGUCCAGCUAUGAAUAAAGUGAUUCCUGCAAGUCUACCAAACAAACAGUACCAGCUGCUUUUUACUCAGGGAACAGGGGAAUCCAAGGAGGAAAUCAUCAACUAUGAGUUUGACACCAAAGAUCUUGUCUGUUUGGGUUUUAGCAGUGUGAUUGGAGUCUGGUACUUGCUGAAAAAGCAUUGGAUUGCCAACAAUCUGUUUGGAUUAGCCUUUGCUCUCAAUGGUGUCGAACUCCUUCAUCUCAACAAUGUCAGCACGGGGUGCAUUCUCCUCGGUGGGCUGUUUAUCUAUGAUGUAUUCUGGGUAUUUGGCACAAAUGUCAUGGUAACUGUUGCCAAGUCAUUUGAAGCACCAAUUAAAUUGCUGUUCCCUCAAGAUCUACUCGAGAAAGGGCUUGCAGCCAAUAAUUUUGCAAUGCUUGGCUUAGGAGACAUCGUCAUUCCAGGCAUCUUCAUCGCCCUUCUCCUUCGUUUUGAUGUGAGUUUGAAGAGGAAUAGUCGAACGUACUUCUACACCAGCUUCUUGGCUUAUGUCUUUGGUCUUGGACUUACCAUAUAUAUAAUGCACACUUUCAAGCAUGCACAGCCUGCUCUGCUCUACUUGGUGCCUGCUUGUAUUGGAUUCCCAGUGAUUGUUGCUGUGGUUAAAGGAGAACUUACUGACAUGUUGAGGUACGAAGAAAAGGCUGAUAUCCCUGACAAAGCGACUUUGGAUGAAACCAAGGGUGACCAGAAGGAAAACAAAAAGGAGCAGUAAUGGGACGUGCCACAGAGCAAUCGAUCGUUUUUUUAAAAAACGUUCCCAGCUGCCUGUUCUGUGUUCAUUUUGUGCAGAUGCCUAAUUGUAAUGACGUGGUCAUGUGUGUCUUAUGUCCCUAGCUAUUAAUGGGGGAUAAAAGUAUUUCAUUACAUCAUGCUAUGAUGCUAGUUACUCAGUUCUGCUUGGUGUUUUCAAUGAAUGUGCCAACUGAUUGUUUCGAAGAAGAAACCUGAGGGGUUGCUCCAGUGCCUAUCUGUAAUCUUUUUAUUUAUUUCAAAUGGCUUUAAAUGAUCAUGACACUUUGAAUUCAAAGGCACCAGUACCUUCUGUUUUCACAAACAAAUGCAGAAAUCUGAAUUUUUAGACAGGUGUUCACCUAGUUCAUGUAAUAAAAUUUGUAUUUAUUUUAAAAAAAUAAAUACCUCGGCUGUUUUUUACAUGACUGCUUUCAGUUCGAUUCCUGUGUGUUUUUUUAAGGGGGGGGGGGGUUAGUGUUUAAUGGAAGAACUUUUUUUAAACACUUGACUAUUGAUAAUAGAUACAUCUUGCAAACUUGCAUGUAUGCCACACCUGAAACACUGAAAUUUAAUUAGAGAAUAUUAAAAUUAAUCUGUUGUAACCUACUGAAAUUUUGUAUAUAUUCUGUAUGCUAGAGUCACUUCUUAUGAGCCAUUUAUUUUCCUGCAUUUGUUUGUUUAAACCAAGCUACUACAACAUCACAAAGAUGCCCAGAUAAACUGCCACAUAAAUCCUUUUGUAGCUUUGAUUUUCACAGAAAGCUUAAACAUCAGCUGCUAUUAAUGUCAUACAGGCUGUUUCCACGUUAUGAAUACUGGACUUGUGGACAACCCUACCUGUGAACAGGCUCCCAUAAUAUUAUUUAGGCUGACAUAUGUAUUGAGUUUUGUGCUAGGGUACAGCAGAACUAGUCCCCCUCUCGUUCUCUUUCCACUUUUAGUAAUUGUGUGCUUUUGAUAGUAUUUUAAUACAAUAAUGUUGAGAUACAUUUAUCAUGCUGUGUGAUUUUAUUUGUGUGUUUUCCAAGUUAUGGGUAAAAUCAACUUAAGGGCAUCUGUAUUUUUUUUAAGAGGUGGAACUCGUUCAUUAACUGGGAAAGCCCCGUAUUUCAACUCCUUUGUAGAGAGGAAUGUCAUGCCUGUGCAGCACUGUAGUAUUGUGAAGGGACCCAUAUCUGAUCUAAGCAGUUGUAUUGCCUUGCUUUGUUUGUUCCUUUUCUACCAGUGAUUGAUUGUAUUCCCUUUACUGCCUUACCCUACUUGUUCCAAUGUGUCUGGCGGAUGAGAAUUGAGGAUUUGAGUCGGUGGAAUGACCUGAUAAUCUUCUAUCUACUCAGGUUCACCCUGGUUCCUAAUAUCAAUCGGCUCUUUUGAGGAGUGGAAAUGAAAGGAGUUUAGUUUACUCCAUAUUGAGGCUAUGCUCCCUAGUUCUAGAUUCUCUAGCUAGAGGAAUCAGCUUCUCAGUAUCUACCCUUAACUCAGAUCCUUGCACACUUCUGAGAUAAUCUCUUGUUUUCUAAGACCCAGUAUUGUCACUGUUCCUUUCACUGACCACCACCACAUUGAUUUCAAAUCAGAAAUCAAUCACAUCAAGUGUUCUUGUGUCUCACGCUGAAUAUUUUCUGUGAUUCUUGAAUCAAAGACGAGACAUUGCAGUAUCCUGGGGAUUUAGUUUUUCUUUGCCUUGUAUUUUACUUGGCUUUCUUCAAGGGAAUUGGAUUACAGUGAUGGUAUAUUGAGCUGCUACACUUAAGUAAUGGAGGCAAGAUUCCAUACCAUGGGUUCCCAACCUUUUUUAUGUCCAGGACUCCUACCAUUAACCAAGGGGUCCAGGAACCCCAGACUUACUGAUGGAGCAGCUGUCAAUAGUGGUAAAAAAGCAAGGACCAGUUAAGGAGAACAAAGAUUAUUUAAAUGAAUGACCUAGAUAGAGGUCAGCUCAGGUAUAAAAUUAAGACCCAGCACUUCCACUUCCAAACCAACCCAAGAUCAAGGGCUUAUGAUUUUUAAUUUCACACAGUCCUGCUUGGUUUAGGUGGCCAGACUAUAGUGAAGAAAAUCCAUUAGAACUUUCCAUGCUAGCUGCAAGCUCCUAUUUACAACCAGUCAUCCCUAUUAUGUCCCACAGUACUGACUCCUGGUGCAUUAAUUUUUAAAGAGCUGAUCUAACCUGGAUGUUGGUCAUUUUUAGUCCGUGUAGUAGGGCUGUGAUUUAGCAUCUUGGCUUUCAUAUAAUGUGCUGCAAGUCUUUCUGAUUCUGCAUUUUGUGUUAUUGAUUGUUUCCUUACAGAUUUGAAGCUGCACACCUCAGUGUUAUCUUCAGCAUCUUAAGCUUUGGUUUUGCAUUCAUUAGUUAGGAAUUUUUGCAGAUUUAAGUAUUAAAAUGUUUGAGCUGUGACAUAUAGUCACCACAGUGCAAGAGUAGGAAAGGACAAGUUUGCAGAGUGUUAAGAGUUUGAACAAUGGGAGCAAUUCUUUAUUGUCAAAUUUUCGUCAGAAUUGUGGUUUGGAUAUCCGAGGCCCUUGGACACAAUUUGAAUAAAUGUCAUAAGGUGGAGACUUUUAGAAGUAUUAUCUCUGAAACUAGUUAGUGAACAUGGAGACUUUGUACUUCUGUUAACCAUGUAUCUCUCUCCUGAGCACAUCAUGGCUCUGAAUAUUUACUGCCCGUUGAUAAAAAGAUUACCUUUUCAGAUUGAUGGUGAAGGUCUGCAAAAAUAUUUUUUAGCACAUUCUAUUUGGUUUAACUUUGUGGGUUAAUGGUAUCUUUUAAUAGAAAAUAUUUUCAAUCUUAAUGAUCUUCAAAAUCUUUAUGGUGUUUAUUAAAUAAUCUUCAGUGAUACAGUCUCCUCCCAAAAUGAGUAUCUCUAAAUGUCCUACACUACUACACACUGACAUCAAAAACAUUGUAGUAUCACUCCCUGUUGGAAUUUGGUACCAAUUCACCUUUGUUUGACUCAACACACAGAAUAACUAAUGGGAAGUGAUUCAUUGCUCCAGUAGUAGUUGAUUGUGUGAAACCAGGACAUAAAUUUGCCAAGUUCAAUCUGCUUUCUAAAUUUGCUGCUUCUGGUCAAAAGGUGUUCAGUUUGUCCUUGGGUGCCUGGUCUUGAUUUCCUCAGUGCUGCCGUGUCCCAAAAACUCGACUGAGCAUAAUGUUUUAAGGUGUUAAAAUAUACAUUUGCAACAAACAGCCCAGGCAUUUGAUGGAAUUUUUUGUGGUGUGGCAGGAUGUUGUUCGUUUAUUGACUUCUCCAAGCUUUUUUUUUAAAAAGGUGAUGAAUAAAUGAAUACAUGUUUACAUCUGAAGCUCUCAUGUGGUGCUGAUAGACCCUUUAAUUACAUUUUUCUCCAGGAAGGAUGGAAAUCCCUUAUCUGAUCUUGUUCUUAAUUGGGGGAUUCGCCUUUGCAGUGUGUGCACAAUGUUUUGGAGAUUAGGUGUUGUUAAAAUACCUGGUGGGAUGGGGUUUAAUUUUAAGCUGGUUUUGCUCUUUGUUCACCUUCUUAUAUUUUGUCUAGUCUUGCCCUCUGUUUUCACCCCUCGUUCUCUUGCUUUUACUCAUUGUAGUAAAACUUGGUUCCUUUCGGGAGGAGCUGUGAUUGAUUUGCAAUAAACGGUGGUGUGCACCACUCUGAAUACUCUCUAA